AUGACAUCGACCAACUUUGCGCAAGCGCAACAGCGCCUCGCAGCCCGACGACAAGCCCGCGAAGCCGACAACGCAGCCCGCAUUGCCGCGCAACGCGAAACAUCACGAGCUCGCGCCCAGAUCGAUCGUUUGCCGUUCCCUUUCAGUCGCCUUGGCUCGGCUUGGGACUCGGUAUCAUCGCAAGAGGGGACGCGCCCCGCGUUCAGGGUUGGUCAGGUUGACGCCGAAUUGCUGGAUGACGAGCUGCUGGAACUCCUCCGCGGCCAGGUCGGCGAUGCAGUCAAAUACUUUGCCGGCGGCCACCUGAAAGACGACUGGUCCGCAGAAAUACUGUUGGCACUCCGCGCUAUCCUGUUCAAGUUGACGGUUUGGGACAACGAUGCGACGUACGGCGCGGCCUUGCAGAACCUAAAAUAUACGGAUGCGCGCACGAACGGUUCAGCCCUGGUCCCGCCGUCCAAGUGGCAGAAGUCCUUGUACGGACUGACCACAGUCUUGGGGAAAUACGGUUGGGAGAAAUGGGAGAACUGGCUCCUGGAACAUGAUGACGGAUAUAGCGACGAUCCAAAUCCUCGCCUGCAACGGAUGUCAAGGAUCACAUCCCGGAUCACGACGCUGCAUGCCGGCGCCGCCUUCGUGUCUUUCCUUGUCUUUCUUCUGCAAGGACGGUACCGCACCCUCCUGGACAGGGUCUUGAGAAUGCGCCUGGCUUCCCCAACCAGCCAGGUGAGUCGAGAGGUAUCCUUCGAGUACCUCAAUCGGCAACUCGUGUGGCACGCCUUUACGGAAUUCUUACUCUUCAUACUACCACUCGUUGGCAUCAACCGGUGGAGGAGGUGGAUCUCGCGGACAUGGCGCAAGACGAAAGAGAUCAUCACCACGAAGGGGGACGACGAGAAGACGACAAAUGGCGAACUUGGCUUCCUGCCUGAGCGCACCUGUGCCAUCUGCUACCAAGACCAGAACGCGCUUGCAAGCACCGAAACCGAGAUCAUGGCGGCGGCCGCAUCAAGUGGCGUCAUCGGUUCGGCUCAGACUGACAUCACCAAUCCAUACGAGACAAUUCCCUGCGGGUGCGUCUAUUGCUUUGUCUGCCUCGCAACUCGUCUCGAGAGAGAAGAGGGUGAGGGCUGGACGUGUCUUAGGUGCGGCGAGCUUGUCAAAGAAUGCAAGCCCUGGAGCGGCGACGUCCUCGAGCCGCCAAGAAAGUCACCCACUGCAAAGGUCGUUGCCUUUUCUGACGACGCCAAGGACGUCGAAAGUGACGUGGAGGUGGAGUGUGAAGCUGAUGUCGAAGCCGACGGGGGAGUUGACAACGAGUUUGUCGACGUCCCUCAGGACAAAGACUACUCUACCGACAGUACCGACACUGGCGACUCGGAAGGCUUCGAGGAGACCAUGGAUCAGGAUGAAUAA